CUUCUGUUAAUUUUGCAAAAUAUAGAAUUAAAUUAAGGUAGAAAAUUAGUUAACGUUUGACUGACAAUACUGACAAGAAGAAGAAAACUCAUGGUGUCUGAAAGAAUUGGGUUAUCCAUGAUUCUAUAUCUACAAACAUUAUGCAGCAAUCUUCUCUAAAGCUUCGAAUCUUCAUUUGCCUGCAUUAUUUCUCAGUUCCAUUCUCAACAAUUUCACGUUACUUUCUUAAUUUAUCCAAAAAAUCGGAAAACGGUUCCCAUUUUUUGUUACAGCUUCAGCAUCAAUCCUACAAUCAAUGAGACGCAUAUCGGUGUUUCUCAUAUUAUGUGUUUUGUAUUUAUUUUUGGGGUAUUCGGGUUCCACAGGAGAAUAUUAUAAGGGCCACAAUAGUGUUACAGGGAAAAAAUUCAAUGGCGUUUUUCAAGCCCCAGCUCGCCGGUCUCUGUUAUCGGAUGCGAUACAGGGUACUGAAACUGAUACUGCAUUGGUGGCUGGUCUGGAUGGUACAAUUUAUUUAUUGGAGCUUGGUUCUACGAAACCUCUCUGGUCAUUUUCAUCAGGACAAACAAUAUACUCAUCAUAUCAGGCCUCUGUCAAUGAUACGGAAAAUGUAUCCGGAAUAGGAGGCCAUUACUUCAUUGAUUGUGGGGAUGACUGGGAAUUAUACGCACACAACAGCCUUGGCGGCAAACUGGUACGAUUGAUUACUUACAGAGUUCUUGUUGAAGUAUUGCUUCUCAUAUGUUCCUAUAAGCAAGUAGUUUUCGAAGUGGCUUUUGUUUUUCUUAUUUUUAAUAGGAUUUUCUAAUAACC